AUGGCUACAACGAUGAAUCCCGAAUACGAUUAUUUGUUCAAACUACUAUUGAUUGGUGAUUCUGGUGUGGGAAAAUCGUGUUUGCUACUCAGAUUUGCUGAUGAUACUUACACGGAGUCGUAUAUUUCCACGAUUGGCGUUGACUUCAAAAUUCGUACCAUUGAAUUGGAUGGCAAAACGAUCAAAUUGCAAAUCUGGGACACUGCUGGUCAGGAACGUUUUCGGACAAUAACUUCGAGUUAUUACAGAGGUGCCCACGGCAUAAUCGUAGUGUAUGACAUUACCGACCAGGAAUCAUUCAACAAUGUUAAACAGUGGCUUACUGAAAUCGAGAGAUAUGCGUGCGAGAAUGUUAACAAAUUGCUUGUCGGCAAUAAAUGCGAUUUGACAACAAAAAGGACCGUUGAAGAGAGUGCAGCCAAAAUGGAUUAUGGUUAUUUCAAAACUUUUCAGGAAUACGCUGAUCAGCUUGGUAUUCCAUUUUUGGAAACCUCUGCGAAAUCUGCAACAAAUGUGGAACAAGCUUUUCUUACGAUGGCUGCAGAAAUCAAAAAUCGUAUGGGACCUGUGCAGCAAGUUGGAACUGGACCAUCAGUUCGCAUAGGUGGAUCGCAACCUGUGAAUGAGCGAAAAAGUGGUGGAUGUUGCUAA